AGCCAACCAGAACGUGGACAAUGAAGUGAAAUUCAGAACGACCAAUAGGAAGCACUGCUGGCUAUGAAUGGCGGGUCACGAAUAUUCCCAUCGCAGAAAACGGCCAAUAGAACAAAAGUAUGCGUAGAACUACAGUGUUAGCAGCUCUUGUGAUAGCCGAGUAGUAGGUUGUCUGGAAGCUGAGAGCAACUUCUGGGUUCAAAAGACUAGUCAAACGGAAAAUACACUUUUGUUCACUUGUGUAUAAUCAGGAUUCGUUACGUAUAUGUUACUUUUCGCUCUAUCGAUGAACACGAAAAAGAAGAUUGUCCUCUGAGUCUGAGGACCAAAACAAUCCUCACUAAAAGCAGCUGCAUUUUCGCUAGUUAGCUGCUGGCUAGCUAGCCAGUUUGCUAAUAUUAGCUGCUGACGGAACAAGCUAUAAGGAAUUUAGCUGCAGCCAGCUCUUCAGCAUGUGGAUAGUAGCAGACGAUGGAGGGAUCCUAUAGAAUGAAUGUGAGAGAGCUGUGCGAAACAGAUGACUUGGCAACCGGUUUGGUGCUGGAUCCCUUAUUGGGGUUCAGCACCCACAAGAUGAACAUCAGUCAGCUUCCGGAGAUCAGGCGCUGGAGUUACCUCAAGGAGACGCUGCUUCGCUUCACGCGCACCCAGGACUUUCAGGCCACCUUUGAGGCCCUGCUGGUCGGGGACUGGGCAAGUGGCUACUUCACCGGCCUGGGUCCACAUCGACUGGAGCUCCUGAGGCAGCACGUCCAUCGCUAUCUCAAGGCUUUCCUGCUGGACAGUGGAGUUCAGAUUGAGUCUUGUAACCGCUAUUCAUCUGAAACCAACGGGGCCAAGAUAACAUCCACACGACAAUGGUCUGUGGGUGAGCGUAUGGAGGUGCUGCAGGGCUGCAUCGCAGAGCUCAGUCCCUCUGACAGCGCGGUGUUGAGGGCCGGCAUCAAUGAUUUCAGUGUGAUGUACUCCACCCGCAAACGCUGCGCUCAACUCUGGCUGGGUCCCGCUGCCUUCAUUAAUCACGACUGUAGACCAAAUUGUAAGUUUGUCCCUGGUGAGAAGAACGGGGCGUGUGUGAAAGUGGUCCGACCCAUCUCUCCUGGGGAGGAGAUUACCUGUUACUACGGUGAUAGUUUUUUUGGCGAGAACAACGAGAUGUGCGAAUGCUUCACAUGUGAAAGGCGGGGAGAAGGAUCUUUCCAGCACCGAGAAACAUUACAAGAUCUUGAAGACCCCAGCGAUCCAGCAGGGCAAAAAUACAAAUUCAGAGAGACCGAUUUGCGCCUCAGUCGAGAGAAAAGCAACAGCACUCCCAAGCCCAUUCCAACUGCAACAAAUACAGCUUUCCCCUUGAGGAAUUCUUUGUCCCAGCGGAUGAAAAGAGAUGCAACAGCGCUAAGAAGGGGACUGACAAAGACGAGCAGAUGGAGGAGGGUGGAGCGACAGAAAGGAAACAGGAGGAGUGCACUGAAUGAGCAUAACCUGUUGCUGCACACUCUCGCUCACAUCAAGCUCAAGGACCUCAGAAUUCACCUGUACCAGCACACCGUUGAGUUUCUGCUAAGCUGCAAGGAUCCCAGUGGCAAAGGGCGGGCCAUAUUGGACCAGAUUGAAAGGGUUAAACCGACACAUCGAGAAGGGGAGAAGGACAAUCAGGCAAUUCCUACAAGGACAGCACAGACAGCGAUGGAUGGAAAUAAAGAUGGAGAUACAGCAGAGAGCUGCAAUGCACAAGACACAAACCUGGUGGAAACGUCAGAACAGGAACAGCACACUUUGGAAUCUAUUUCCAUGCAUUGUACUGAAAAACAUGAGCAACAGUUAACAGAGAAGGAUGCAAGCGAACCGCCCAAAACCGGAAUGAAGGAGUCCCAUCCUACCAUGCCCUCAAGGACCAGGAGCAUACCCCACAGGCGUCGGAAACGUUUGUGGACGAAGAAAAGAGCUCUAUCUGAGGCAAAUGGACUACCAAAAAGAUUGGAGGUAGAGAAGAGUUGUAAUGUUCUUGAUAUCAGCGGUUCAUUACCAAACAGGAAAAGCAGUGAAUCUCCUCUUUGCAAUGAAACUGACCUUGUUGGCAAGGAAGGUUCUACCAAUGAAAGUUGUGAUAUUGCCCCAAAGCCCUCUGCCAACUCCAAGGAGCAUGAACAUGACAGCAUCCACACCGGCCAGCCUCCAGCUGUCAACCUAGGGAGUUCACUUUCUCAAUCCUUGAACUGUUUGCCUCUGAAAGCAGGGCUGAAAUAUUAUCCAACCGUCUGCCUGGUUAGAGUGACCACUCCUGGUGCAAAAGAAGGAGCAGGGAGGGAGAGUCGGACAGAGACUGAGAAGCAGGGAGAGGAUGUAGCAGUGUUUUCCAACAACAUAAAAAGGACAGGUGGCAAUGAUAUCAACAUAGCAGAAGGUAAGAAAGGCGUGAGAGAGCUGUAUUUUUCGCCUAUCACUGUAGGUGGUGUAGAUCAGGCUUUGAAAGUGAUGUUCAAUUUAACUGAUGAGACGAGUGCAGAGACGGACAUGAAAACCACUGUGUCACCACAGGUCAAGGAGCAGGUUGAGGCUAGUGAUACAAAUCUACAAUCUCAUGCAGUGGCAAGUAAAAAUGAUUUCACCUGUAAGAUCCCAACUGACACAUUUUCCAAAAGUGAGGGCAUAAAUAAUUCAGAAACUGAAAACAAUCUUGAGACAAAAGAGGAAACAACAGCUGUUGACACCAAUAUGAAGUCCACUAAGAAAGAUGCACAACUAAGCAGCAACAUCAAAAAAGCAGGAGACAAAGCAGACAUUGAGAGCAAAAUGGUUAAAGAGUUAAUGGCUGAUAUGAAUUUGGCAGCAGAAAUAAGGGUAGGUGCUGUUCAAGAUGUUGAGAACAAUAGCAAAAAAGGAGAUGAAGUGACAGUUACUGGGAGCAACUUGAAGUCUGGUAAAGUUACAGCUUUAAGAAAUGCAAAGCAAACAGUUAAGACAACAGAUGCACAGGAUGCUGUAUCAGAGAGUGAGAACAAUGUUAAAAAAGUGAGGAUUAAAAAAAUGAAGAGAAUUGUCAAGAAAGCGGGUGAGAAAAUGGACACAGCAAAAAUAGACAUGAAUGAAAUGGUUAAAGAUGUUACAACAGAUAAAGAAGCAGAACAGCAGGACAUAGAACAACAAAGGACCGCACACACAAUAACAGAAAUUGAGACGAGUGCUGAAAUGGUAGAUCGACCGACAAAUAGUGAUGGCAACCUGAGAGUUGAAGAGAGAGGCAAUGUAAACAAAGCCGAGAAAACAGAAAGUGAAAAUGAAAUAAUGAAAGAUCUGCAAUCAGACAUUAAUAUAUCAGAAUUGAAGGCAGAUGAUACAAACCUAAAGGCUGCAAAGAGUGUUGUAAAGAUGAAUUGUAAUGUUAAGGAGGUUGAAAAGGAAAUUGGUAUAGAAAAGCAAGUAGUAACAGAAGUGAAAAUGGGCAUGAAUAUUGUUGAAGAAAAGAUAGGAUCUAAAAGUACAGAUAUUGUGAAGAAUACAUGGAAAGAUGAGAAAACAAAAUCUUCAGAGGUUAAAAGAAAAGUUGGUAGACCACCUGGAAGGCCAAAAAAGAAUGUUAAAAAAGCAGCAGAGAAAAUAGAAACUGAGAAGGAUGAUAUGAAAAACAAGGAAGUAGAUGCAACUACAGUAGGUGGGAAGAGAGUAGAUGUAAUUGAACAAGUUGAAAUCAGUCCUAAUGAACAGGGGCAAACUGCAGCUGUUGAUAACAUAAAGGCAGAUGGAGCAGUUGCAGCUAAAGGCAGCAGAGUGGAGGAAAAGAGAAAAGAUACAUCUGCAGACUUAGAGAAAACAUUAAAUAUUGAAGGGAAAACACGAGAAACUGAGAAUACAAAGAAAUCUGUGAGUGAAGUCAGUUUUGAAGCCACAGACAUACAUAAAAAGGUGGAUGAUGAGAGACAUGAAGGCCUUGAUGCUCAGAUGGAUGAUCCUGGACAAAAUAAAAUCAAUAUACCCAGGUGUAUUGGCAGUAAUGUAAUUAUCACUAAAGACGUACGGGUUACCUUGUCUGAUGCUUUUAAGAACUUGAAAGAUGAACUAAGAAGUGUACAAAAAGGAGGAAAAAAUAUGUCAGAUAAAAGUAGAUCUAUAACUCCACACCGUGUUAAGCAAAGGCGCCUGCAACAAGACAGAAUGAUUAAAGAACACAUUCAGAAAUUGAUCGUAAUUGAUAAGGAGAAAAGUGAAAGCGAAAAGAAAGGCAAAGACUCCGAGUUGUCUAAGGUGGAUUGCAGAAAUGUCUUGACUUGUGGUUCAGACCAAAAUACCUCACCAAAACACCAAAAUGAAACCUCUACAGCAAAACAAGGGUCCUCUGAAUUGCUCCCUCUGUGCUCAGCUCCUGUAGUGUCAACAAAGGACCACUCCCCUCUAACGCAGAUACAAACAAAUAUUCCUUUGAAGAAAAGGACGUUCAGAGAGUCAACUGAAACAGAACCAGAAGUGAACAUCACAACACCUGUAUCACCUAAGGAGCUCAUAUUGAAAGGAAGCGAAGACAGAAAAGAAAUGCGGCAAUCAGUGUCCAUCUCAAACGCAAAACCAAGGCAUGAGCCAUCUGGAGUCCACCUUGAGAGCCCAAAUACACAAAUUCAGCAGAAAGUCCUUGCUAAAGCUUGCAUUAAACAGGACAAAAGAUGUGGCUUCCCGUCGGAUAACAAACAAAAUGAAUGUGAAAUUGAACACAUAACUGAGAUAAAACCUAUGAUUGCAGAUGAUGCAACUGUGAACAGGGUUGAGAAAGAACUAAAUGAAGAUGAGAGUGGAUACAAGACUACAGAUCCAGUUGUAGAGGAGGUGAAGGAUGAAGGAGAAAAAUCUAAAGACCCUAACAGAGAAUUGGCAGCUUUUGAACAGAAUGAAGACUCAUUAGACAGCCCCAAGCAAAUUACAGGGGUAAGUCAGGUCAGACAGGCGGAUACAGAAGGAACAACAGUUUCUCCUCAGAAUGAAUUUUCCGUCCAAGAAAAAAAUAUUAAAAAAGAGGACUGUGUUAAAGAAGAACAAGAAAACAACUUGAGAAUUCGUCUAAAGAGGAAGAGAGGAGAGGAGUGGGAGAUGGAGAGAUCUGAGUUGGAGAAUGUAACAGAGAUGAAAACAAAGCCGUCUCAGUCACCACCUGCUUCAUUUAUGGCCGACCCUUUUAAAGCCAUAUUGGACUCUGUUUCAGUUUUAAAUGUAGAAAUGUCAAAAGGAGAGUGGGGUCCACAGGAAGCAGAAAAGUGUCUGGAGUUAGAGCAAACUGCAAAGGCUGGCCAAGCUGCAUGGGAAAUUUGUACAAAGAAUGUCCACUCCAAGCUGAAGAAGAAGAAAGAAACAUCUGUCAUGGAAAGUGAUGACGAGGCAAAAGGAGACUUUAUGGGCUAUUCUAGCCAAAUGUUGAAAGAUGAAACUUUUUUUGAAGACAUGAAACAGUGGCUACAGUCAGCUGAUGUCAAGGUUGAGUCAGUUGACAGUGAUGCACAACCACUUGCUCCCAUACGUCUUUGUAGAAAAACAGAAGGCUGGUGGAUAGUAGAUGGCAUGGAAAAACGCUUGAGUAAAAGCAGUAAGAUGAGAAAGCCACUAAAGGGGUCCAAAAGCCGCUGGGUAACUAAACGUAGCCCAGACUCCUCAGAGUCAUCGAUCAGUGAAGUGCCUUUACACAAAGUUAAAGAGGAAUUUCAGUCUCCGUGCCGGCAGCUCAAGGAAUCAUGCUGUAACAUGACUAGGAAGGGGACAGCUUUGAGAUCAGAAAAUGUUCCCCUUUCACUGUCCCUUUCUCCCCUUACUCUAAAUUCACCGUGUUCUGAGGUAGCAGCUGAGGACACCUGCCUCAGUAGUUACCCAAAUGUGAAGGAUCUAUUCGGAGAGAAGAGGGUGGCAGAGGUUGUGAGCAAGAAAAAGCCAAAAAAGGACCUAGGCUUGAGAAAUGAAUCAGACACAACAGAAAACAUCUGCCUUAGUCACAACCUGUUUCAGAUUAACAAAAGUCUCUCCAAACUACAAGCAUUAAAUCAGAUGGAUAAAUCCGCUGCAGUCAACAAUAUUGAAACCGUUUUCUCUCAAGGCCAACAGAAACCCCAGUCCCCAUUGCUUAUUUUUCCAGACAAGUCUCCCUGUUCAGAUUUUGGGUUUGAUAAUGCUGAUGAAUUGAUAGAGUGCUUGAAUCUGGAAGGGUAUUACCCUGAUAAUUCUCAGAGCAACCUCCCAAAUGCUUUCUCAGAUUUUUGCCAAGGGGAACCUCCUAACACAGGAUCAUUCAGUAGCCCCUUUUCCCAAAGCCCAUCUGAUGUCUGGAACCCAGAGACUCCUUAUCUUGGCUCUCCAAGUCCCUGUGGUAGUUUUAGCCCUCCAAAUGAUUUAGUUUUUUCGGACCUCGGUCUCCCCAAAAAUAUAGCUCUCCUUAGCGGUCAUGACUUGUCUUCCAAAGAAAAAAUGUUAAGCAACACAGAUUUUACCUUCUCUAUUAAAGAUGGAGAAGGAGCUCAAUUCCCCUUUGAUUUUUCCAUGACUAAAACUUCAAACGAUAAGCAGGCCCCAAAACCUGUGCAUCUCAUGCAGUCGGAUAAAACUCAGUGGAACCACAAAGAUGCAUUUAUGUUUAGUGCCACUUCAUCAGACAGGCACUCACAAACCCCUCCUGCUAGUUCUCAGGCUCAAGGAGUGGAAUCCAUCAUCCCAGGCUGCAGUUUUAACUCUCGGACAGAAUUAGCCAAAGUUCAGCCCUUUUCCUUGGAGAAAACACAGGGCCCUGUUCAUUCUCUGACUGCAAAUAGAAAUCAAUCCAUUGGUACAAGCCAAACACCUGUAGCAGGCAUGUACAAUUUGGGAGCUUUGAGUCAGCCUCUGAAGCCUUUUCACUCUCCCCUUUUGGGUAGUAAGUCCAGUAUAUACCCACAAAAGGUGAUCAGUUCAGCAGAUACGUUUCAUCGCACUUGUGAUAAGAAGGCCUCACUUUUCCAAAGCUCUAAUCCAAUCAAGCUGGAAAGUGGCAAACAAAGUCUUCAUUUUUCUAAAGGCAACAUGGCUGCUGAAAGGGCUGAUUUUGCCACCAAGUCUCAAACCACUAAACACAGUAGUACUAAUCCUUUUUCAAAUCAAUUAAGCUUCAACCUUCCAAGUUCUCUAACUGGCAGUCAUCAAGGUGGGGAUUACAGCCAUACCCUUGGAAAGGGCUCAAAGACUUUUGAGGUGAACAACUCUUCAAAUACAUCCAGCUCCCAAGUGGACAGAGUGCACCCCUUAUAUUAUGUGACUUCAAGCAAGACUUCCUCCAGUGUGCUUCAGAAUGUUACCUCAAAUAAGGCACAGGACAUAGGCAGCAGUUGUCUUACCAAGGACAUUUCCUCACAGAAACCAUUCUCUUCUAACCAAAGUCCCCAGUGCCACAGUUUACCUCUUGGCAAAAGCAUGAGUCAGUGCAAACCCCAUGCAAUGGUGGCACCCACUCAGAAUCUGCACCUGACCUGCAGUGAAUCCUCAUUGUCUGCUAAUAAGCACCAGCCUGGUUACCCUCACUGUGAUCCUGUGGAUUUUGCUUUUAGUUCAGCAUUCUCCACAGACGCGUCUCAGCAGAGCAGUCCCCAUGUUACACAAAGGGACAUUCCUGAGCAGGAGAGACGGACAAACAAAUCUCAGUCAAACUCUUUGGCCUGUAGUACUCAAGCCCAUCCUCCUUAUGUGGUUAACUUCACUGGUGAUCACUCUGUAACACUGGGCUACAGUGAGGAUGCUGAAGGCUUAAACUACUCUGGGGGUCCAACCCCAAAUUACACUUAUCAUUGUCUCAUGGAUCCUUCUGGAACCCAGGGCAGGUUGGUUCUAGAGCCUUGUGGCCUUUCCUCAAACAGUUACUCCUCCUCUCCCUCUGUUGGUGGUUUUUCAGGAUCAAAGGGCCAAGAGGAACAGACCAGAAAGGAUCCUCAUCAGCAAGAACCGUCUGGGAGCCGCCCUUUUGUUUCCCACCACUUUUCAACCUCUAGUCAUUCUCUUGGAACCUCCCUGUCAGACCGUAAGCCUAAAAGGCUCAGACUUGUGGUCACUGAUGGUACUGUGGACCUGGACCUCCAUUACACUGACUGAUGCUGGUUCAUCUAGAGUCCAUGGAUGCUUCUUUUUUUUUUUUUUUUUUUCAAAUGUUAUUUAUUAAUGUUCACAUGUCUGUUUUGCAAAAAAAGGUCAUUUAAAAUCAUUCUACAUGUUCAUUUGGAUGUUUUUUACAAUCUUUUUUAAUGUCUGGUCAAUAACCUUUUUUAAACAAAAUAAGCUUUUUGGGUAUCUAAUUAUUUUAAUGGUUUUAUUCAUCAGUUAACAUAUUUAAGAGGAAUGCGUUAUUAAUGGCUAAGGUCAUGCAAUAUUACACUGUAAAUCUCCAGGGUUGGUACUCACUGGUUGAAUAUCUUUCUGAGUAUGAAAUAUUGGUUGUGAUGCUUUGAUGUAUGGAAUUGUAAGUAGUAUUUUAAUUUCUAUUCAAAUUCCCUUGUUCAAUCCAGACCUCCUAAUGUCCCUAACUGUAGGCUGUUGUAGCUGCCUCUUGCCACAGGGUGGUGUUGCUCUGUGUCUUUUCAAUUCAUUGAAUAGCCUGCAUUUUAUAUAGAUGAAUACAUUUCAGAAUGUUGUGGGGAAAGUUCGUCUAGGAUGUCUGUGCAUGUGUGUUCUGCAUUCAUCACGCUCAAUAAAGAGACAGGGAAUAUGUGCUCUCAACAUGAUUUCGGUAUCUCCCUUGCCAAAUUGAAUUAAUGUCGUCAGUGGUAGAUAAAUGUUGACCUACAAAGAAACCCUUUGCACUUAGGACAUCUCUCAGGUCCAAGGGCAAGCCCACUGAGGGUUUGCUUGUUGAACUGUAACUCUGAACAGCUGAUUCUCUGAGACCACACACUUAAAUCCCUUGAUGUAGCUGUGUGUUCAGGCUGUGGACUAAUGUGUUGUUAUCAGCUUACACCUAGGGUUUCAAUAAGGCCACUGUGGCAGAAACGUGUAUGACUGUGUGCAGACCCUCUGUUAUCACUCAACUCGGUUCUCAUGAAUUUAUGGGGGAAAAAAUACUACACUGGGUACAUUUCCUAAUGUACAUGUCAAUGAUUUCAAGUUAUUCACAGGGCAGCAGAAAGAUUUCUGGACUACUUUUUGGCAAGCCAGUUUAUUCACAGGCUGAAUGAAGUGAACAGAUUGAUUACAGUAGCUUAUACCUUGAGACAGCAGCUUAAGAUAUUGGGUCAUUCUCAAUAAAUUGCUGCUUCCAAUGAGUGCCCUAUGAGGUUGGUUCUUUUGUGAAAUGAAAGAACGACUAAAUGUGAUGUUCCUUUGUAGGCCAGAGUUAAAGAUGUUUUUAGGUGCUUUGCUUCAUGUGAAUUGUUUAUCACAUAAAUUAUAAAGGCAACUGUUUGAGGCACUUAUUUAAGGAAAUCUUGUACAUAACAGCAAAAUUGUGCAGAAUCUACAUGUGUUCUUUAGGCCUUUGUAAUCCUUUUCUAGUGUUUUCACAAAUGCUUUUGUAAGUUGCAUACAGAGAUACUUCACAUGUUCACUUUGGAGAGAAUGGUUUUGAACAGGGUGAAGGCCUGUAGUCUGUGAUGAAGCCCCACAGUCUUUUUAAAAACAUAAAGAAUGAAGCACAGUUAUGAUUUGUAUUUCCCUGUGAGGUCAAGAGUUAUUGCGCCAGUCAUAACAUGUUGUAUCAUAAAUCUUGACAUUGCUCUGAAUAAUUUGAUUGACUGACAUGUCAGCGUCAACACGAGGUCAGUUUGGUUAAAGAUGUAAGUGUUUUGUGUUUUAAAGUGUUUUAAAAUGGCUUUUCACCCUGUCCAGAAUCAACUGCAUAGCACUUGUGUGCUUAAACGUGGAGUGUGUGUGUGUGUGUGUGUGUGUGUGUGUGCUUUUUCCCAAGUGUA